CGGAAGCGUUCAUCAGCGCUAACAUCUGUCGAACGCCGCCAUUAUCCUCACAGCGGAAGGAGGAAACUACGACCCAAAGUCCAGAGAAAAGAACUCAAUUCUGGAUAAAUUCUGGCAUGGAGGUCUCAGGAGCCGACAGCGACUGGAGGAGCCCUCAGUUCCGCCAGAAAGUCGUGGCUCAGAUUGAAGAUGCCAUGAGAAAGGCAGGAUCUGGAAACACCACACACAAGUCUGGUACAGACAUGGAGAGCCACGUCUUCAUCAAAGCCAAGACCAGAGAGGAGUAUCUAUCUCUGGUAGCGAGGCUCAUCAUCCACUUCAGAGACAUCCAUAAGAAGGCUCUGGGGGGACCUGAUCCCAUGAAUGCCCUGACUAACCUGACAGGGGUUGGAGGGGGCCCAGGCGCCAUUGGCAUGGGGCCUCGGCCCCCCGGCGCUGCAGUGGGGGGCAUGGGGCAGAUGCAGAUAGGCCAGCAUGCCAUGGCCGGGGUGUCUGGAAACCCACAAGCCAUGGGUGGUCAGAUGUCGGUGCAGCAGAUGGUGCAGCAGCAGCAGCAGUCCAUGCAAUUCCAGCAGUUCCAGCAGGCCCAGCAGCAGCAGCAGCAGCAGCAGCAGCAGAACGCUGCCCUCCAGCAGCAGCAGCAGUUCCAGCAGCAGCAGCAGCAGCUCAGGGUACUGCAGCAGCACCAGCAGCUACAGCAGCAACAGCAGGCCCAGAACCAGCAGCAGCAGAACCAGGUACAUGUCUUCUAGAUCUAUCCAGUCUAU